AUGAGUAACCAGGUCCAAAGCUACGACACUAUUAAACAAGCAGAUACGAUAAGAAUCAAAAAACCGUCCUUCCCCUUACUAAGAAAAGCACAAUCGACCCCAAAGCUACGGAACACCAGCAGUAACCUCUCACCAAGUCCGGUGAAGAAGAAAAAGAAAACCCAUUUGUCCCCACUUGGCACCAACAACAACACCAACACCCCCACGUCUUCGGCUGCAUAUACUACUGUUUCAACGGUUGCGUCAACACCAGCUGUGCCGUCAAAGAAGAAAUCCAGCGCGACUUUAAACACAGCACCACCACCAGCGCCAACAAUAGCCUCUACAACCAUAACCUCCUCAACAGCUUCCCCGGGGUUCUUCAAAAAAAUCUCAAAUUUCAUCCACAAACUAAAAUCGCUUUCGGAAGAAGUAUUCAACGCGGAGGAUAUCGUAGAAGAGCUAUUUGUCGACUCCGAAGUAGAUGACCAGUUGACAUUUGAUAAGAUUGUCAAGUCAAAUAAAGGUUAUCAGAGCGCAGAAGAGAAGUUCUUGCAAGAGUACAAGAAAUUCAAGAGCUUGGACAAAAUGUAUUCCUACUAUAACCCUGAACUUGGCCAGCAUAGCCACACGGGGAGAAGCAGCCAUGAUAACAACUCGUCCACCACAAUGGUUUCCGAGCCCCUGAAUAGCAAAAUCAGGACAACUUUGCAGGACGUUAUCCGACUACAGUCUCAACAGUGUCAAAGAUAUCAAAACCUUGAUGAGUUUGACCUGGAUGACGACUCAGAUAUAGAGGCUGAAGAAAGGUCUGGCGAGUCGUCAUCUUCGAGUAGUGACGUUAAGUUCCAACAAAUUGAUUUCGCGGCCUUGCGUCGCGAGUUUGAACAUCUGCUUACCACCAAUAACAACUCGGACUCUGAUGCCAAUUCACGUACCACUACAACCACCAAAGUUCACCACCACCACCACCAACACAACCACCAUCAUCAUUCAAAACCCCAGUCAAACUCAGUCAAUGUCGGGUCCAUUUUGUGGGAAUACCGUCGUCUCAAAUGGUUGGAAGCUACAAAUAACCCAAGAAAAAUCAGAGAACGAGUUGCUGCAUCGUCCAUCUCCUAUAUCCCCAAGGAGAACUAUGUCAAGGUAUACACCUCGCUUGUGGAAAAGAACAAAUGCUUGAAAGAUGACAAGCACAUCAAUUUGGGCGAUUUGAUCGAGAUCAUCAAUGCGGGCUGGAUCGCCGAGGAAAGGUGGGAAAGAGCUGCUCGCGGUGUCGCUUAA